AUGAAGGAAAGGCAGCGGUGGAAGCCUGAGGAGGACGCGCUCCUGCGGGCGUACGUGCGGCAGUAUGGGCCGCGGGAGUGGAACCUCGUGGCGCAGCGGAUGAACGCGGCCUUCAGCAGGGACGCCAAGUCCUGCCUGGAGAGGUGGAAGAACUACCUCAAGCCGGGGAUCAAGAAGGGCUCCCUCACGGAGGAGGAGCAGCGCCUGGUCAUCCGCCUCCAGGCCAAGCACGGCAACAAGUGGAAGAAGAUCGCCGCGGAGAUUCCCGGCCGCACCGCCAAGCGCCUCGGCAAGUGGUGGGAAGUCUUCAAGGAGAAGCAGCAGCGUGAGCUCAAGGACAGCGCCGCCGCCGCCGCCAUCGCCCACCCCAUCGACCACGCCAAGUACGACCAGAUCCUCGAGAAUUUCGCCGAGAAGCUCGUCAAGGACCGCCAGGCCGCCUCCUUCCUCAUGCCCUCUUCCCCUAUCCUCCCCCCCUGGCUCGCCACCUCCUCCUCCUCCUCCUCCCCUUCCUCCUCCUCCAGCCCCACCUCCAUCGCUCCGCCGCCGCCGCCGCCUUCUGUGACCCUGACUCUCUCCCCCUCCGCACUCCCUCCGCCGCCUGUCCCUUGGCGGCAGCCGGAGAGACCCGCGGAGAGCAGCAACGGCGCCGCCAACCCCGGCGGCGGCGUCGUCUCCGAGCUCGUCGAGUGCUGCAGGGAACUCGAGGAGGGGCACCGGGCGCUGGCGGCGCACAAGAAGGAGGCGACGUGGCGGCUGCGGCGGGUGGAGUUGCAGCUGGAGUCGGAGAAGGCCUGCAAGAGGAGGGAGAAGAUGGAGGACAUCGAGGGGAAGAUCAGAGCGCUGAGGGACCAACAGACGGCGGCGCUGGAGAGGAUCGAAGCCGAGUACAGGGAGCAGCAGGCGGGCCUGCGCAAGGACGCCGAGGCCAAGGAGCAGAAGCUCGCCGAGCAGUGGGCCGCCAAGUACGGUCGUCUCACCCAGUUCCUCGAGCAGAUGGGUUGCCUACCUCGGCCCACCACCUAA